AUGUCUAUAGAACAGCAUUAUUCACAAGAUUUUGCUGAGUCUUCUUUCGAAGAUAUGGAUACGUCAUUUUCGCAUCUUCAACCUCGAAGGCAAAGGAGGCGUCAAUUACCUUCUAGUUACUGUCAAGAGCAGAAUAUUCCCACACCUCAAUCGCUCGUGAGUUCAGAUGGGAGCACAUUUUCGAGGAUUACAUAUGAUAAGAGCCAAAGUUUAGAUAAUUAUACACCGGAUUUGGAUACGAAUCAAGAAAUGACAGCGGAAGAUGAGGAAUUUUUUAGUGAUUUCCAGGAAUUCAGAAAUAACAAGGAUAAUUUUGAUCUUGCAAUUAGGAACCAUUUUAGAUUACCAUUGAAACCAACAUAUAAAGAGCCAACACUAGAGAAUGAUUUUACCAAGAAACUGAAGAUUGGCCCAACUGCCAAAGUUCUUCGGCAGCCUCGCUCAAUGUUCGAAUUGAAAAGCCAGUUAAAGGAUCGAUUAUUGACGCCGACUAAUACUACGUUAGGCCCGUCAAGUAACAACCGGAACACAGGAAAAACAGCGGCAAUGUCCUAUGGGAAUAUAAAGGGACCGGAAAGAGGAUAUUCAAAUUUGAAAGUAAAAAAAUCCAUGCCAAGUUUAUCGUCAUACAGUCCAAUUGUACAAAAUGUUGAUGAUCAUACUUUUACUUUAAAUGAUAGGCAAUUCGAUGAAGUAACAGAUACCAAUAAUUUCCAUACAGAAACUACCGAAAUUUAUAAUGAUAGCGAUUUUAUGGAUAUUGAAGCUGAAAUUAUCAAGCCACAGUUUCUUAAUAAAGAACAUAUCUCCCCCCUAAACCUAAAUGAAUCAGCUCAUAUUUUGGAAGGAACCAAACCAUUCUCAAAUUCCCACCGAAGGGAGGAACACAACGAUACAAAUCGGCCCACACUUAUGAGGGCAGAUAGCAAGAUUAGAAACAAUAAAGAACAACGUUCAAAAAUCGAAACCAUCAAGCAACAAAUAGACAGCAACGCUCUUAUGUCUAAAGAAAGAUCAUCAUAUAAUCCCUACACGAAAAAAUGGGAUGGCGGCAAUAAACCCUUACGUAAAUUCCAAAGCAUGGGCACGCUGAACGAGAAUUCAUCUCCAUUUGAAAGCGAAAUUCCAAGAUAUACAGCCAAAGACAUACGGUAUCCUUCCAACAAUAUAAGAUCGAUAACUGUUAAUCCAAAAAUUGUAGGGAAAAUGGCAUUUGAUGAGAAAAAUCUGAGGUGGGUGAGCCUUAACGAAAAUGAAAUAGAUCCAUUUGCUGAACUUAAAGAUAUAUUACCUAGUAUCGACAAGGAGAAACGUGAUCCCUACAUCUCUUCAAAAUCGCAAGGCCAAUUAGAUAGGAGACAUUCCAAUAUACAACGUUUUUCUAGAGCUAGCUCGGAACCGAUACGACUGAACGGUAAUGGAAGAACGCACGAGUCUACUAAGAGAAACGAUAACAAUACUAAAUCUGCAGAUAUUUUUGAACUGAACUCUAAGCUGCUCGAAAGUUUCUACCACCAUGAAAAUAGAUGGACCAAGAAAGUUGGUAGAUGGUUUACAAUGAAAAACAAUCGUACAGAAUGGGAUACGCUUGCAACAUUUGAAGAUGAAUCGGUGAUAAGCAAUGAAAAUAAUAGGAACUAUUUGUAUGAGAUCCGUGAUAUGGUGAUUAAUUCCAGCAAAACACGACCUUAA